CACCUGGAGGACUGGACUGCGGCCGGGCCGGGGCCUGGAGAUGGCCUGGAGGAGGAGGAGGACGCAACCCUGCCUCCUGGAGUUUGACGUCUGAGAAGGAGUCCGAGAGGUAGAUACGCGACGCGAUAUUUAUCUGCUAGCGGAAGAAGGAUAUUGAAGCCCCCAUUACCUAUCACUAUGGUGUAGUGAUGAUGCAUCGUGAAACUCUAUCCUUGAUGACUUCCAAUUCGUCUGGACAGUUCUCUGAAGAAAGCACAGCAACUUCAGAAAAUGAGUCCUGUGAUGAUGUUAAGUCAUGGCAAAGCACAAAUUCAUCGUCAUGCAGUUCUUGUACUGACUCAGGCUCAGAUGAAGGGUCUGUUGAGUGGGAGUCAGAAGUAAGGUCAGAUGGUGAACUAUAUUAUAUAGUCUCUGACCCAUUGCACCAACCAAAAAAUUCUAGUGAGCCAGUCACUGACAUCAACAUUGGUACAGCUGAUACUCAUACCUCUGCAUUGAAAGAUUCAACAUCAAAAUCAUGGAGAAAUGGAGGCAAAUUAGUUCGACUCAUUCGUCGAAGAGAAAGCAAAAGGCACCGCAAUAAUGUAUUGAAAAGUACAAAUCCGAUGGGAGGAAGAGAAAAGCAAAAUCCAGUUUCUCAAGCCCCAACUAACGUUAUGAAGGAAGGUACAGAUCAUGUGGUUGAAUUAAAUGUUGACCCAUGGGUGAAACGAAAUCUUGGACGGCGAGCAACCAUCAGUGAAACACUCCUGGGUCUGGUUACUGUCUGCCAUGAAUCAGAAAUUUUUGUUACUGAUUAUGUACCAGACAGUUUGGCUUCCAAACAGUCUUUAAUAAAAAUAGGAGAUAAGAUAGCUUCCAUAAAUGGAAAAGUAGUAACACAUCAAAAUUUCAAUGCAUUACUAGAAGCAAUCAACAUGCCAAUGACUCUUUAUUUGGGUGUCUGCACAAAUCCUUUUGACAAAGCAAGCAGCACUGAUAAUAAAUCAGACAGGAUUUCUUAUCAAACACCUCUGGCUGCGAGAAUAAGUGGACAGUUAUCAAACCACGAUGACUUGAAAAAACUUCUGUGUCAAUCUUCUGUUGGAGUAUUGUAUUUGCAGCUUGAUGGUAUGACAGAAGGUGGUCCCGAAGACCAAGGAGUUUUGUACUGCUAUCCUGGACGUUUUAAAAGCAAUUUUCUGAGCUCCAUCAGAGGAGCAUUCCUCACUCUUUUCCAAUUGAUACCCGAUAUCUCACAAUCACCACCUAGAAGUUCUUCUAUAUUGGUCAAAGGACAGCUCGUUCAUGUCAUUUAUGUUCAAGAAGGACGUGAACUGCUACUCAUUGCACUUCCUGAUUGCAGAUGUUCUCUUGCUGAAGCAAUGAAGCAAUGCAGUGAACUUGUACAAAUGCUACAGUUCACCCACCAAAGUCUCUCCCGUUGUUUCUCUUUACCAGAACAUACCAAAUUUGUUGACCAUGUCAUGUGCAUUUUCUUCUCCCGCUUACUCUUUUCUGAUAAAUGGGCAGAAGUGACUGAUGUUGAUUCGUGUCGCAACAUGACUAUGAUGAUAGGACCAACCCUCCCUCAAUUUGAAUUAAUACUACCAGCAGCGCACCUGGUUCCAUUACCUCGAGAAGCUCAGAUGCAAAUUGACGAUGCUCUGAGUGAAUUAGAAUCAAAUGAUAUUGGUGAUUCAUGUGAAGACCUAGAUUGCCAGAGGCUUUAUACCAUACUUGGAAGCUGCCUUUACCACAAGGGAUAUUUACUUGCAUCCCAUUUUCCACAUUGUGAUCUAUUGGAUGUUCAUGUGUUUUGCCGCCAACAAGGUUUGCUUCAAUUGAACCAAGGGGAGUCAGUCCACUCAUUAGUUAUCUGGAAGGAGGUUUAUCCAAAGUCUGUGUCAAGAGGAUUGACUUCUUCUACAUCUGACUCUACUUACAAUUUUCCAGAAGGUCGAUGGUUUAUUAUGAUUGUUGGUCAGAAGCAAGAUAUGCUGGUCACACUGCUUGAGGCUGGUGGAUGUAGUGCCAGUUUGGAUGGUCACCAUUCACCAGAUGUAUUUUAUGUUGAGGCUGCCCAGGAUACUUUACAGCACUUAAAAAAAACUGGAGUGUCAAGCAUUGCAUCAGAAUGGCUUGAAACACAAUUGCGCCCAAAAUUGAUUUCUCCAGAAGUUGCCAUUGCUUCCCGAAAUUCUUCACGCAGAGUUAAUAGCUUACUGGGACUCCGAGUUCAUCAUGACCCAAUAUGGCAGAGCAGCUUUUCUUCUAUAUUAAAUUCCCCAUCAAAUCGGAAGAGUACUGAUUCAUUAUCUGCAGGAAAAAGGAGGCCAAGUCCUGAUCAUUCUAGUUCAGGUCCCUUACAUGGGGGUGAGACAUCAGAAGAUUCUGCAAGCCUUGUAGCUAGCUUACCUAGUGAUGACACUGUCUUUGUGAACGUUAAAAGUCGGUCAGAGCGAGAUCCCACUCAUGUGUCCCAUUCAGACCACGAAGCAUCUGAAGACUCUGAUUCUGAUUGGGAGGCAAGCGAUAUUCAUGCAGGUCGACGACCCACAAGUACAACUGACUUGUCAGACUUGCACAACUCCCUUUUAAAAAAUGUUGAAGGAACAGUACCAUCUAAAUUAUCAACUGGGCCUGAGAAUAUUGUUUUCCAUUAUGUUCACAUUGACAUAAAUGAAGGUGUCAUGCUAAGUCCAGUUCAUUCCUCUUACUCAACAAAUUUGAUUGAAAUUCUCUCAAAAUUUCGUUCUACUGCGAUGCAGAUACAUUCAUUAUUCCAGAACACUAUUUCAUUCAAGAAGUUGAAAGGUGUGGAGGCAAGCCAUUCAUUGAUUAAUAAGUCACUGGUUGCAAUCAAAGAAUUUGGUGCAUUAUUUGAAUGCAAUUUGCCACUAAGAGGGAAUGAGAAAUCACCAUCUUCUAUGAACUUUUGGGUUGUCGGGCGGCUCUUCUUCAUGCCUGCUUCACGGGAAGUUUAUGUUUGCUAUGAAGAUUCUGCCCCUCAAAAUCUUGUGGAGUUGGCAUUUCGGCUAGCUUUAACAACGACAGGCUGAAUUUUUAUACAUACAUGUUCUCUGAAUAAACUAUAUAGUUAUAUAAUGAAAUGAGAUUUGAACUGAUCUUUACAUGAUUAAAUAGAAUGUAACUAAUAUUGCUCAAUGUAGUCAUCAAUAUGUUUUUAAUGUUAAAAUUUCCAAUUAUAAAAGAAUUUAGCUACUACUUUUGAUGUUACAAAUUUAUGUAAACUUGCAAUUUAUCAUCAAAAUAGAAAUUUAUGAUAUUCAUUUAA